CGUCAUGUUACGGAGGUGACGUCAUCGGAGCAACCCCCCCCUCUCCCCACUCUCAACGGCGCCCGUGUGGACAAGCGCCACGGCGGGACGGACAAUGCAGUCGAUUAACAUCGAGAAGCUCUUCAUCUACGACAGGCUGCCUGGUGACAGUCUCUCACUGCUGCUGUUCCUAUUGUACUUGCCCUUUGGCCUGUGCCUGCUGCUCCUGCGCACGUUCAUCGGCGUACAUGUGUUCCUGAUUGCCUCAGCGCUGCCCGACAGCCUCGUUCGGCGGUUUAUUGUGCGGGUGAUGUGCUCAGUGCUGGGGCUGUUCGUGUCUCAGGAUGACCCCAGGAAGCGCGACAAGACUGCUAGGGUGUUCAUCUGCAACCAUGUCACAGAUUUUGACCACAAUGUGCUCAACUUACUGUUUUCAUGUGUCACUCCUUUGCUGGACUCGCCAGCGACCGUGCUGACAUGGGCUAGAGGCUACACAGACCUUGGUCCAUCUCACCGACCCACACUGCUCUCCAGCUGCCGCAAACUCUGCUCCCAAGAGGGUAGCCCUCCUCUUCUUCUCUUCCCUGAGGAGGCCACCACUAGUGGUCAGGCAGGGCUACUCAAGUUCAGCACCUGGCCUUUCAGCAUAAAUCCAUCUGUGCAGCCAGUGGCCCUUUCCGUCGGCAGACCAGCUGUUGCCGUGAAUGUGAUUGGAUCCUCUUGGCUUCAGGAUCUGGUUUGGACAUUUUUCUUGCCUUUUACGCAUUACCAAGUAAGGUGGCUCCCAACUGAGUCUCAACACGAGGGAGAAACGGAAGAUGGCUUUGCAAAGAGAGUGCAAGAGUUGAUGGCUGUGGAAUUGGGUGUUGUGUCUACACCAUACAGCAAAGCAGACAAAACUGAGCAUGUCAAGAGACUGGCUCGUGUGUUGAGGCAAACAGGGCCUGUGGCUGCUGGGAGGGCGAGUGGCGCACCCGUGGGGAGGACAGCCAGGCAGCAGGACACGAGAAGUGACCCCACCUUCCAGACCAUGGCCCAGCGUGUCAAGGAGGUGUUGCCACACGUGCCUCUCGCUGUCAUCGCCAGUGACAUCGCAGUGACAAAGUGCGUCGACACCACAAUCACGAACCUGCUGGAAGGGACGGUCAAAUUCACCCCCGAGGAUCCACCACCGUCUGUGCCAUCUGCCUCGCCACCAGCUCCUACGCCUUCACCAUCUGGUGCAUACAGCUCGAAAAGCUCACAGUUAUCGAGCCCUGUAACAUCUGCCUCCCUGUUUGGUAAAUCAACUGGUCAGAGGCACCUAUCUUUGCAGGAGAGGAAGGCUGCACUGUAUGAAUAUGCACGCAGAAAAUAUUUGGAGAAGAAAGACCUCCAGGAUUCUUGACCCAUAACAAUAUCCGGACAUUCACAACAGCUUUAAUGACCUUAAGCCAUUUGUUAAAAAAUAUCCUUGUUUCAUUCAUCAUUUUAAAUAUUUUUUUCAGGCAACAAUAUUUAAAAUCCGUGUUGCAGAAGUCUGCUAUUUAUUUCUUUCUUGAAAGCAUAUAGCUCAUAAAAUACGGCCUUAACUGAAAAAUUGUUUACUUUGUCCAAAAUCUUUAAAUCCAUCUACAAAAAAGAAAAACAUUUUUGUAAUGUGCUCUUCUUAGAAAUGUGAGAACAUGCUGUUGUCAUAUUUUUGUACUGGUGCUUUUACAGUGUAUACCUUAUGGGAAAGCAUUUAGAAUCCUAAGUUAGUUUCGUACAAUAGAAGGUUCAGAAAACAUCAAUUUAACACGUGUGAUAGUAUUUAGCAUCCCUUAUGAAAUUUGCAGUGUUCCCAGCGGCCAGUAAACUUGGUGAUGAAUACCUUGGACGUGAUCAAUAAUUUGACUGCUUUCACUAUCUAAAAUUGCAUGGUAAAGUUGUAGUUAAGCGUACAUACACACUGGUUUGUGUUUAAUCAUCUUGCACAUAACUUAUAAAGAUGGCCCAUUGAAUACAUAAAUAUGCUGUCCAGUCUGGUUUGGGCAGAGGGAAGUCACUUUUUUUUGGUAUGUGUCCACAGUGAGGUCAAUUUCACUUUUGUAUUCUGGUCUUCUCUUUUUUGUUCAAAUUCCAAACUGACAAAUGCAUUGAUUUCUUGGGCAUGGCCUUACAAAUGUUGGCAGCAAACUAUUUUUCCUGCAGUCUGAGUUUUGUAAUGUUGAAUGUUUCGUGUGUACAGUACUAUCUUCAGAGGUUAACAGUAAAAAAAAAACCUUUACUGUUUUUAAUGCAACAUACCUUUACAAUUCCUGAGUAUUCAGGAAGUGAAGUGUAUCUGGUGGAGAAUGUGCUUUCAAAAUCCUUUAUUGUGGGAGAUGAGCAAAGCAUUGCCAUGUUAAAGCUCAUGAACCAUUUUUACAGUGAGGGUGAAUGUCAUAAUUUCAGUGGGUAUGUUUGAAAUGUGUGCAAACCCUUGCACCUGGCAUGGUGAUUUAAAAUAAUUACAAAUCAGAAGAGCAGUUGAAUUUUGCUGUGGCUUGUGCAUGAAAAUUCUAAAUUUCACAAUUCAUAAAAAGUGAAAAAAUGGAAAUUAUUUGAUUGUUUUAAAAGCAUGCAGCUUAUAAAAGGGUGUUUAUAACUCUACAUUGCGAGCAAUAGAUGAAUAAAAACAAUUCUAAAGCACCACUUGAUAUGCCUGAAAGGCUUUAAUUUCCCAUUGUUUUUGAUUGAGACUACAGUAUUCACUCUGCCAGCAAAUGUCACGUGUUAUCUGUUGCAGUGGCUACAUUGUAAAAAAAUAUUUUGUAAAACAAAAGCUCAAUUAAAGAAUUAAACUUAACACUGGAUAUAAAAUUA